AUGCAGCUUUUCGUAAAGUCCGCUGCCGGCAAGACCGUUGUCGUCCAGGCCACCGCGCAGGAGACUGUCGCCAGCCUCAAGUCGAAGGCCGGCGUGUGCGCUGGCGACCUCUUCUUCGGCGGCCGCUGCCUGUGCGACGAGGCCCUCCUCGCCGAGUACGGGCUGCAGCGCGAGAGCACCAUCCAGGUGGUGGUUCCCGUCGAGGGCGGUAAGGGCAAGAAGAAGAAGAAGAAGAUCUUCACGAAGCCCAAGAAGCCGAUCCACCGCCACAAGCUGGAGAAGAUGCGCGCGCUGAAGUACUUCAAGGUGACGGAGAACGACGACGGCUCUUUCAAGGUGGAGCGCACCCGCACCGAGUGCCCCGGCCCCAACUGCGGCGCCGGCGUCUUCAUGGCGAACCACAAGGGCCGCAAGUACUGCGGCAAGUGCCACCUCACCUUCUCCGCGCAGUAG